GCUGUCUCUGACAUUUUCCUAGUAUCUUCCAUUACGGCAUUUGUAUAUAUAAAGCUCCAAUCACCAUCUUCUAUUAAUGUUAAUUGAAAUUGUCAAUGGUCUUAAAUUCCACUGUCUCUUUUUUCUUUUUCAAACUUUCUCGGCAACCAAACAGCUUCAAGGGGUAUUGACAACAAGCUCUGGUUAGCACCUUUUCUUUUCUUUUUCUUCUUUAGUUGGAAUCAGUGUCACAACUGAAGUAAAAAAACCCUUUUCUCCAUUUUCGGGUUCGAAAUUUACGGGGUCUGCUACAUAUGCCAAGCUUAGAGACAAGAAUUUGAUUUCUUACGAGCUUGUUUUGAAUGUCUACCAUGGACUUCAAUAUCGGGAUUGAAGAUGUUGGUGUAGCGAUAUUACAAGAGCUUUGGAACAGGGUAGCACUUCAAGCGGUAGAGCUGGCUAAAGAAACAAGAGAUGUCAUGAUCGAGAAGGGUAGUUUUCGAGAGUUUUCGAGGAGUAUAACGGAGCUGGAUGUGCUUUUGAAGGCGUUGAAUGUUCGAACAAUUGAGGCUGCGAUGGGUACGGAGUCUACGAAAGUGGCGUUGGAGAAGUUGAAUGAUAAACUACGGAGAGCUCGUAAGAUCAUUAAGAAUUAUAAGGCCGGAAGUCGUCUUCGGUUCUUGCUUCACUCACAUUCGGUGCUCACGGAGAUGUCUUGUUUGGCCAAAGAUAUUGCUACUACUAUUUCAUCAUUUCAGUUGAGUAAUCUCGAUAUGGCACUGAACUUGAAGAGUAUGAAUGAUGAGGUUAUCGAGAAACUGAACUCAAUGGAGUUCAGUAUGGCGGCUGCGACCGAAAAGAUUGCUUUGGAGAUAGAGAAUUCGGUGUCCCAAAGUAGUAGAAACCGAGAGAAUGCUGUAAAGCUUCUGGAGAAGAUCGCGGAAGCUGUUGGUGCCGAUGCGAAUGCGUCAUUGGUACAAACAGAAUUGGCACUUUUGAAACAGGAAAGGGAAGAGAUGGAAGUUCAAAAGAAACAAGCCGAGGCACUUCAGCUUUCGCAGUUGAUGCAAUUGUUGUAUAGCACCGAAAUUGUUCCGAGUCCACGAAAUGAGGAGGCCUCAACAUAUCAUAAGCAAUACCCUAUUGGUUCCUUCAUAUGCCCCUUGUGCAAGGAGAUGAUGGUUGAUCCAGUUGCAGUUUUUUGUGGCCAUAGCUUCGAAAGGAACGCGAUUCAGGAAUACUUAGAGAGUGGAAAAAAAAAUUGCCCGACUUGCAAAGAAGAGCUUCAAAGUUUGGAGUUAACUCCAAAUGUUAACCUCCGGAGCUCGAUCGAAGAGUGGAAGAAAAAUGAUAUGGACUGGAGAUUCCAAGCAGCAGUUUCCGGAAUCAAUUCCGAUGACCAUAUUAGGAAAAACCAAGCCUUGGACGAUAUGCAGGUUCUGGUGGAAAUCUCUCAAUAUGCAGUGAGAGCUGCAGAGGAGGGGCUUAUCCCGAAGUUCGUCGAGUCAUUAAAAGACACCACACUCAACACCAUGGCAGCAGUGAAAUGCCUUUAUUGCUUAGCUAAAUAUUGUGGUGACCAUAAGCGAGAAAUCAUUGAAGUGGGAGCUGUUCGCCGAAUUGUGAAGCGGAUCUAUAACGGUGAAACAGAACCGAACACGAUUGCCAUCUUGUUGGAACUGUCUAAAACUGAAGCUCUCGUAGAGAAAAUAGGGAAUACCAAAGAUUGUAUUCCCCUCCUGGUUUAUUUGGUCAGUAACCCCAACCCAGAAAUCGCCUUGAAAGCUCAAGACGUAUUGCGGAAUCUUUCAUCCAACACACACUUUGUUGUGAAGAUGGCCGAAUCCGGGUUCUUUCAGUCAUUUGUUGCUCGAUUCAACCAAGGUGAAAACAAUGAAUCUAAUGUAGACAAAAGUUGGGAAAAUUACCAUGGAGGCCCUAAUAGUAGGAGUUAGAUUGUAUUUUGCCUUCCCUACUCAAAAAAAUAGGCAAAGUAGUACCUUUAAGUUAGAUGAAUGAGCAAAUUAGUCAUUUCUAUUAAAAAUUUCAUUCAUUUGCACGGUAAAAAUUGAUUCCUGUACGUUAGCAUGAGGUAUAUGUAGCAUACCAUGUACAGGGACCAAUUCGCUCUUUGAUCUAACUACAAGGACUAAUUUGACCAUUUUUUGAGUGGAUGGGGAAAAAUGCAAUUCAACUCCCAAUAUUAAGGCCUCCAUGGUACUUUCCCCGACAAAAGUUCAUUUGUACUGUUAAAAACUGGUCCCUGUACAUUAGCAUGAGGUGCAUGUGGCAUGCCAUGUACAAGGACCAAUUUACUCUUUGAUCUAACUACAAAGACUAAUUUGACCUGUUUUUAGUGGAGAGGGCAAAAUGUAAUUUGACUUCAAGUACAGAGACCUCCAUAGUACUUUCACUGACAAAAGUUAUAGUGUGGUAUAUUUAUCAAACGAACUUAUUCAUUUGAAAGCCCUAUUCUUGCAGCGGUCGGACACCAAGAGACUCGAGCAUUGAUGGCGUCAGCGUUGAUAGAGAUGCAACUCAAAGAAAACAGCAUAAAUGACUUGAAAGACAAACAAUUUGUUCACAAUCUAGUUCACAUGCUAGCCACUAACGCCCCGGCAUGUAAAUCUGCUUGCAUCAAAUGUGUCAAGAAGCUCAUACAAUAUCCAAAGAUGGUAAAGCGGUUCCUAUCGGACCCAGCGACAAUACCGCUCGUGCUUAACAUCAUCUCAUUCAGGUCAGAUCCUAUCCUUAAACAAGAAGCUGCCGAGAUUCUAGCUCUGCUGGUACAAGCUUGUAAGCAACCGCAAUUUCAGAUAUAUCAGGGGCUGCAGGAGCUGCAAUCCGAGCACAGUGUCGGUCUCUUUUUGCAGCUCGUAGAAAAAUCUGAGCCUCAAUUCAAAGUUCAGUUCUUACACCUGCUGAUUGAGCUUAGCAAUAAGUCAAAGACGGCUCAAAAUCUUAUUCGGGAUAAUGUGGAUGCUGUCACUCACCUUUUCUCUUGCCUCGAUAGCGACCAACCUUUAGUUCGGAGAUGGACGAUGAAGCUAAUAUAUUGUGUGUCAGAAGGCGACAGGGUUCCACUCCCACCAUCUCCGGGAAAAGAAACUGCCAUCAACAACUUAGCAUCUAUCCUCAUUUGCUCACCAGAUUUCGAAGAGAGGUCCAUUGCUGCAGGGAUUAUUAGCCAACUUCCGAAAGAUGAUAUAGAUGUUGAUGAAAUACUCUGUAAGACAGAAACAUUGAAAGCCAUUCACGAAGUGAUUUGCAGUUCGGAUGGAGAAUUCGGUGGGAUCGGAGCACAUAAUAAUCAGGACAAGUCUCUACUUGAAAAUGCUCUAGCAGCACUAUUACGCUUCACGGGAUCCUCAAAGCCUGAACUUCAGAAGCAAGUGGGAAAGCUUGAAUUAUAUCCAGCUUUAGUUCGAGUACUUUCUACAGGCAACUCAUUGGCCAAGCAGCGAACAGCCACUGCUCUCGAACACCUAUCCAGGUCCACCAGCUCGUUGGUCUCCGAAGCAAGCAUCAGAGUAAGACAUAAGGACUCGAGGUCACUGUUUAACACAAUAAAUCUCUUCCCUAAUAUGUCUUGGUGCUGCUCGGCUUCAGCAGAAAACAAAAUUUCAUGCCCUGUCCAUGGCAUUGCAUGUUCGCAGAGACAUACAUUCUGCCUUGUCAAGGCCGAUGCCGUAAAGCCCCUACUGCAAACGUUAAGUGAUACAAACUCGGGUGUUGCGGAGGCUUCCUUAAAGGCACUCGAAACAUUGCUAGAAGAUCACAGUACCUUGUCACAUGCAACCGCUGCCAUCGUGGAGAGUCAAGGUGUCGAGGCAAUUCUGCAGGUCUUAGAGAAGGGAACCUUAUCUGCCAAAACAAUAGCAUUGGACUUAUUCCACAAGAUCGUAAACCACUCGCGAAUUAGCGGACCAUCAUUCCAAAGGUCCGAGGGAAUCCUCAUCCAACUGCUUCACGAGGAUGCAAUUCGGAAGAAAGUAGCUCUAGUGCUUAAGCAAAUGAAAGUUCUCCCUGAACAAUCCUCGUAUUUCUGAAUCAUUUUGUUUAGUGUAAAUAAAAAGAGCAUGAUAAACAACAUGAUUUUGAAUGUAGUCUAUUUAUCCGGAACUUGUACAGGGUCAUACUCGAUUCUUACCCGAACACAACUUGAAACUAAAGCAUAUUCAUUUUUGAGCUAGAUAA